AUUAGUAGUGCCUGGUUGAAUACGCUGACAUUAAGAAGGCUGGCAAUCACAACAUACGCUGCCAAACAUGUACCGCUGUAUUAUAAGGGCGGCUGAGCGGUGUUCGGUCCGCAGCGUGAGCUCGGCAGUCGGGAAGAGGAGAGCUCUGCCGAGCGCCUUCCCGGUGCUGGAGCAGCCUCUCCAGUCCGACCACCAUCUUGUGUAUGAAGCUAACCUCCGAAACAGCAAGGCCUGCCACAACCAGUACCUAGAGUUGAGUGAAAAGGUAAGGAAAGGUGGAGAAGAGAAAGCCAUCGCCAGACACACUCAGAGACACAGGAAGUUGCUGGUGAGAGAGCGGUUGCGCCUCCUGCUGGACGAUGAGGACUUCCUGGAGCUGUCGCCAUUCGCUGGUUUCGGCCUGCCAUACGGCGACAUCCUUUCCGCCGGCACCCUGACUGGCAUUGGCCGGAUCAACGGCCUGUGGUGUGUGUUCAUUGCCCAGGAUGCCACAAUAAAAGGUGGCUCGGCGUACCCUAUCACCGUGAAGAAGCAGCUACGAGCACAGGAUAUAGCCAUUCAGAACCACCUGCCCUGCAUUUACCUGGUUGACAGUGGAGGAGGUUUUCUACCACUGCAGUCAGAGAUAUUUCCUGAUAAGAACCAUGGAGGAAGGGUGUUCUAUAACGAAGCCAUCAUGUCUGCCAUGAAGAUCCCUCAGGUGUCAGUGGUGUGCGGGUCAUGCACGGCAGGUGGAGCUUACAUCCCCACCAUGGCAGAAGAGACAGUGAUGGUGGACCAGAUAGGUACCAUAUUCCUGGCAGGACCGCCACUUGUCAAGGCCGCCACAGGAGAGGAAGUCACACCGGAGGACCUGGGAGGAGCCCGCAUUCAUGCUGAAGUGAGUGGCUGUGUGGACCACUUUGCCCUGAGAGAAAAGGAGGCUUACGAUUGCACCAGAAACAUUGUGUCCACCCUCAACUUCCAACUGCCCGAGGAAGAGGAGGAGGAUGAGGAGCAGACGAGGAGGAGGAAAGCUGAGCAGGAGCCGCUGUAUAAUCCAGUGGAACUUCUGGGGCUUGCUCCUAAAAGUUAUAACCACAGCCUGGAUGUUAAAAUGGUGGUCAGUCGGCUGACAGACGGCGGUCGCUUCCAGGAGUUCAAAGCUCGCUAUGGUACCACACUCACCACUGGCUUUGCAAAGAUUCAUGGCCACCUGCUGGGAAUAGUGGCCAACAACGGAGAGCUGUCGUACCAGGCCGCACUGAAAGGAAGCCAUUUUGUCCAGUUGUGUGACCAGAGAGACGUCCCCCUCCUCUUCCUCCAGAACACAGCACCCACAACAGCUCCAACAGUCUCCACCACGCAGGCCGAGGUGAACAGUAACCACCUGAAGGCUCAGGGUGCAAUGAUGUCAGCGGUAGCGUGUGCCUCCGUCCCCAAAAUCACCGUGGUGAUUGGUGGUUGCCAUGGUGCCGACAGCUACGCCAUGUGCGGCCGGGCAUUCGACCCACAUUUCCUGUUCCUGUGGCCCAACGCCAAAGUGUCGAUUACGGCUCCGGGUCACGCGGGCUCCCUGCUUCCCGCUGACGGUGAGCGGGAGGAAGAGGAGAAGCAGGAGGAAGAGCUCAAUAUGAGGCUGAAAAAGGAGAGCUCAGCUUUCUACUCGUCCGGCAGGCUCUGGGACGAUGGAGUCAUUCUGCCUCAGGACACCAGGAGGAUUCUCAAGAAAUGCCUGGACAUCAUCAAACAGCGGCAGUAUCAGCUUUCCACGGAGAAACUACAAUCCCCACUUCUGCGUAUGUAGAGGCCGCAAUCACGCUCCUCCUCGCGUCCUCUGGACUCAACAUCCGCCCAUUGAGCCGCUGUGAGUUCAGUCUGGUGGCUGUAGCCCGCUGGGUUCACUGCCACCAGACUCCACGUGUUCAGUCCACUCAAACUAUCCCUUUAAAUAACACACAUUGAGUUUCACUCAUUGCCAAUCCUCGAACCUAAUAUUUGAUAAUGUGACUGAUGGAGUCUUUUUUCUGUUUGGACCCACAAUAAUGAAUCUACUCUUUUAGAUUGGGUUCAGGUAAGAGGAAAUAUGUUUUCCAAUUCUAUUGCAUACGGCUGUUUUUUUGUUUUAAUUGAAUUACACAAAAAGGAAGUCCAAAUUGUUGAAAUGUAAAACAAUACAUAAUAAUAGACGUGAUGCUGAUCUGUGACAUGAUUUAAUGGGGCACUAAUAAAUCCAUUAUUCCCAAAUGUAAAGAAUAAGCCAUCAUAACAAACCUGCCAAGAGAGGACAUUAAUCUAAGAGGCAACAAAGACCUGGAAAAAUACAUUGUUUGAAGUUGAAAAGUUUUGAGUGUUUUUAUCUCAACUACUAACUCCUUCUACUGGCCAUGCCCUUAUUAGGGUGCCUCUUUAAUAGUGUUUUGUACGGCUGUAUCGUGAUGGAAAUGUAUUUGCACUAAGUCACUCUAGUUCUUAGGAACUGGUUAAUCCUGCAAAAGUGCCUCAUCAUGUUGGUAUUUUAGAGAUUCUCGCUGGUAGGUUUGACCUUGACCUGCAGAAGGUCACCCAGUGCUACAACACAUGUGAACGAUUCUCAUUAUUAUGUCGUUGUUAGAUUUCUUCUGCUGGCAAAUGGCUAGUGCUGUCGAUGAGUUUGUUGUUGUGUGGGUGUUAUAUUCGGCAGCCCAGUGGUGUGUUGGAGCCUCAUCCCAGUUCAGGAGAGAUCUGGCUUGAAUGGUUAUAUUUGUUAUCCUUUUACAGAUCUUCAAUGUGAAUCCUAUUUUUUUCCCGUGUGUCGUUUUUUCUUCUUCUUGCAAUUGCGAAUGUAAAUUAAUCCUUGUAUAUUUUGUAUUGAAUGAAUUCUGAAAUAAAAAAUGUCACAGCAGUAAAUUU